UUUUUUUAUAAUCUCACUGGGAUUGUUACUGUUACCAUAAUAAUGGUAUAACAAAAAUGUCGGAAUAUAAGCCUACAUUACCGACACACAAAUUGGUGAUAACAAAACUCGCUCAUUUCAACUGUGAUAUUACAUUAUUUUCUUUAAUGUAUGAAAUAAUUUAAAUUGAUUGACAGUAUUAUUAAAGUUUCUAAUUAUGUAACAUUGUUUAAUAAGUAAAACGUUAUUUUUAGAAGAAGUCAUUCACUUAUUUUUAUUUUUUAUACUUUAACGGAAAAUAACAAAAAAUGAUUAGAGAUUUUACAACUAUACCAAACACAACUUCUAACGAGAUCCAAGAAAAUAUUACAUCUCAUAAUAUUCUUGUUGUAAUAUUGAUAUCACAUUAUAUCAAAGAAUAUGCAAUUGACAAACAAAAGGUCAUAAGUGAAUCCAUGAGUAUCUCAAAGUUUCAUCGGACAUUAAGUAUGCUUGUUUUACACUUAAUUCAAUGCCCUGAUCUCACUUUUGAAGAAUUAUUUAAUUUAAUGUCAUGUGGCAAGUAUCAAAUACCAAGUUUAUUCGGUCGAACAUACUUCAAAGAACUUCAUCGUAUUGUUAAUAGUGACUUGGAUAUAAUAAUGGAUAUGUUUAAGAAUUUAGAAAAUACCUUAUUAGACAAUGGAAUACCCAAAGUAUAUUCAACAAUAUUAAUCAAUGGUAGUAGUCCAGUUGGUAUAUUUUUACGACGUAUUAUGGUAUUUUUUGAUAAAAUGCUAUUUUUACAAACAGAAGCAGUAAUGAAGGAGGUGAAAAAAUGUUGUAAUGACAUACUUAAUGAAGUUUAUGAAAUACAAGCCAGCAGUGAAGUAUUAUGUGAAAAAGAAGAAGAACCUAAGAAACCUGAAUUAAAAGAAUUGAUGGAAGCUAUUAGAUCAAUUAAAACAGAUAACUCUGACAAAAUUGAAGAAAGUAAGUAUACAAAAGUAAAAUCAUGGUCUCCACGACAAGUUGAAUUAUUUAUAGCACAACAAGCUAAACUUUUAAAAAUCAAUGAAACUGUUGCUCUUGAUCCAUCUACUUUGCAAGAAAAAUUAAGAGCUAUUUUGCGAGCAAAUCCUGAUCACUUUGACGUUCAUUAUUUAAGUUAUUUAAAUUGUUUAAGAGUAAGAGAGUACUGUGGAGCAGUAAAUGCUGUACAACAUUAUUUCAAUCGUCAAACUUGUAGAGUUACAAGUUUAGAUGAAAAAAGCAGAGGUUACAGAUAUACAUCACUUAACAUGGCAAUUUUAAAUGCAUAUUUUAAUCACAAUGAAGAAGCAAUAAGUUAUUUAAAAGAAAGUAUAUCCAUUGCACAUCAAGUAAAUGAUCAUGUUUGUUUACAGCAUGCACUUAUGUGGAUGUAUACAUUAUGCAAAAUAAAUAAAUUAACUAUGCUGAAAUGUUCUGUAACUAGAAGUAAAGAAUUAGAAUUACAUCAGAUUACUUCGUUCAGCUUACAGUCUUUGGCUCAAUAUUUGGUUGAAAAUGCUGAAAGUCCAGCAUUAGUUUUUGAAAUAUUAAAAAAAAGUGAAAUAUACAAUUACUUUAAUGGUUUAACAGAUUUACGAAUGACAAAUAAUGUACAAAAAGCAGCAAUUUGGAAUACAUAUGGUUAUCAGCGUUUAUCUACUAUACAUUCUUUAUUAGUCUUAGAACACGAUCAAUGUAACAAUGAUGUAUAUAAUAUAGAAAGUAAAUGUAUUGCUAUGUGUAAUAUUGUAAAUGAUUUGAUUGCUCAUGGAGAUUAUUAUCUUGCUCCCAUAUUAAUUAAUGAGGUAGCCAACAUUUUCCCAUACACACAUUGUAAAUUUUGGAUAAUGGCUGAACAGUAUUUAAAUUUUACUUUGGCUUUAAAUAAAGAAGAAUGGCCUAAAGCAGAAAUAGCAGCUAAACAAAUGGCUUCUGUAAAUGGUACUGAAAGUAUAUUACGAUUAGGUGAGUUGUAUUUAAAAAAAGAAGAUUAUGUUAAAGCUACUAAUAUGGUUCAACACCUAACAGAAAAUAAUGAUGAAAACUCAGUAUUAAUCAGAUUAAGGGCAUACUUGAUUAUUGCCAAAGCAAAUGAAAAUUCAGCAUUGAAAAUACUAAUGGAUGCAAAACUGAUAGCUAUAGAAUACCAUUUAAUAUACAUGACUGCAAUUAUAAAUGUUGAAAUAGCAAUAGUAUUGAUGAGGUAUGAUUUUCCUCAUAAAGCACUAAGAUUAUUACAAGAAACUAAACAACAUAUUCACUGCGGUAUAAAUGUUUAUGAUAAAGCAUAUACAGAUUUACAAAUUAUUAAGGCAAAAAUGAUGGUAAACAUAAUUGACGAGUAUGAACACAGUAGAGAGUUUUUAAUUGUAAUUUAUAAUAAACUACAAAUAGUUGCAGAUAAAUUUAGAAUAGUUGACGCAAUAGCUGAGUUAAAAGAAAUUACUUACCUACAAGCACUUAUAGCAGAUGAAUUAGAUAUAAAACAAAACCGAAAUAAGCAUGCAAUGGAAUUUAGACACUUUGAAGAAUACAAAAUUCAACAGUAAUGUAUAUAACAAUGCAAAAUAACUAAACAUAAUUGUGUACCUAUUGUUUUUAUGUUAAAUUAGGUUAUUGUGAUACUUUUUACUAAAAUAUAAAAACAUAAUGAUGUCUGAA